AUGAAAAAAAUUUUAUUAUCUAUCUUUUUUGUUGUUUUUUUAUUAAUAGGUUCAGAAUGUGAAUUAAUUGAUACUCCACCUGGAUAUUAUAACUUAAAAAAGAUUGAUAAAUUUCAACAAUUUUCAAAAAUUCAGAUCGAAAGAAAUAAUAAAACCAUAUAUUCAUCAUCGUUUCAUGAUUUAUUUUAUCCUGAUAUUUGUGAAGGUACUAUUCAAAACAUACCUGGUUCAUUAUAUUUUGGUAGAUCAUCAUUUCCCGGUGCACAAGAAUCUUCAAAUUUAAUGAUAACAAGAGGGACAAAAAUGAAAUACAGAGUUGGUAAUGGUGGAAUACCAAUUUAUAAAAUUAAUGUAUUAUGUAUUGAAGGAACAUUAGAAAUUCCAGAAGGUAUAUCAUUUUUUAAUGUUGGAGCUUUAUUUAUAUUACCAGGUGGUGUAUUAAAUAGUAAAUCAAGUAUCAGAUUUACAGAUUUAGAUCCUUAUAAUUCAAAAAUGGAUCCAUUUAAUUUCUUUCCAGGUAUGAUGGUUUUGGGAGGAUCAUUAUCAUUGAUUGGAGAGAAAAAAAGAAUUUUCCAAGCCACUAGAAUUGAUGAUUAUCAAUUACAAAUUGAAGAUUUCAAAAAAAUAGGAUCAUUGACAAACAAUAUAUAUUUAGGUUCAAAAGUUACAAUUUAUAGUCAACAAAUUUCAGAAGGUCAAACAUGUUCAUUUUCAUUUGGAGCAAGUAAUGAUAAAAUUAAUUUAACAUCAUCAUCAUCGUCAUCAUUAAGAGGAACCAAUUGUUUACCAAUUUCAAAAAAUGAUAAAAAUAUAAUAGUUCAUUUUAAUUGUAAAUAUUUAUUAGGUGGUUCAAGUGAAUCAUUUAUAGAUUCUACAUCGACUGUUGGAUCAUCUAUAUAUAUAACUGGUGAUUCACAAGUUCAAAUUGAAAAUUUUACAUUGGAUUCAAUAGGUAAAACCACCAAUAAACUUUAUAAUGAUACGAAAUUAAUUUUCUCAAAUGAUAAACCAAAUCAAGUGAUCGAUAUAAUAAAGGGUGAAAAUCAAAGAUUUAGAAACUCAUUGUAUAUAGAAUUUUCAAAUAGUGUAGUUAUAAAAGGUUGUGCUAUCAUUGAUAGAGUUAAAGAAUCUAGAGCACCACUCAUUUUCGUUAGUUCAAAUGUAUCAUUAUCAGAGAGUUUAAUAGUUAGUAAAUCAGGUUCAAAUUUAAUCGCUCAAUAUGGCACUGAAUUUAUAAAAUCAAAAUUAAAUCAUUACUUUUUAAUACCACCACUACCACAACCGUUCGGUUUAAAUUCCCCUAUCAAUUUUCCUUCACCUUUUAGUAUGGAUUAUGGAUUUGAAGGUAAUGGAAUCUAUUCAUUAUCUCCAAAUGUUCAAUCAAUAAAUGAUACUUUUAUUUCUCAAUUGAUUGCUCUUAAUUUUAAUUUCAUUGGUAAUAGGUCCAUUAUAACAGGUUUUGAUAAUGAUUGUUACUCACCUUGUACAAAUACUUCAAUUUUAUUUUCAAAUUUAAUUCAAUAUCCUGUUGAUUUUAAAAUUAAUAAUUCAACUUAUUUUUAUAAAUUAAAUAAUAAUAAUAAUGAUAAUAAUAAUAAUACAAACAAUUUUAACUUAUUAAAUAUUAAUAAUGAAAAUAAUAAUAAUGAUGAUAAUAAUAAUAAUAAUAAUUCACAAAAUCAUUAUCUUUUAAAUAUUAAUAAUAAUGGUAAUUCACCAGGAAGAUUUUUUACAAUUAAAGAUUUAGUAGCAUCAGAUACAGUUUCAGCUUAUUUACCAAAUAGUGCAUUAGUAUUUAAUAAUUUAAAUGCAACCGAAAAUUUUUCAUUCAAUGGUACAGUUUCAAGAUUAGAUUUUAUAAAUUCAAGUUUUAAUACAAACUUAACUUCAACACAAAAGUUUUUUGAUGAAACAACAACUACAGUCACAAACUUUCAAAAUACUUAUAUUUAUGGGUCACCAGAAACAACUGAACCACCUGAAAAAGUAUUUGGGUCAUCGAUUACUCCAAUUUAUUAUUUUAGUAAAAGUGUUUUGGAUUCAUUAAAAGUUGAAACUGUUUAUCCAAAUGAACCUCAUAAAAUGUUUUUCAAUUCUUCAGUUUCUCUUUCAGUUAAAUUGAAUAAUAUGGGUUUAAAAACUCCAAUCAUUUGUAUUUUCUCAUCCAAUGGUAUGGAAUCAAAAGAGGUUCAAUAUAAUCCAAUCUCAACAAAAUGUAGUUUUCUUUAUGUAUCUGAAAAAUUAGGUAAUCAUAAUAUUCGUGUUACAAUUAAAAAUGAAUAUUCUAAAGAUUCAAGUUAUUAUUUUAUAAUUGAUUUUCCAAUUAUAACUGUUUAUGGACAAUCUUUAUUUAAUGCUGGUUGGCAAAUGAUUGAUCCAACAUCAACAACAAUAAUACCAACUCCAACACCAACAUCGACAUCAACAUCAACAUCAACAUCAACACCAACAACAACAAAUAAUAAUCAAUUAGUUAAUGAUAAUAAUAAUAAAAUAAAUGAAUUGGAUGGUUUAAAAUUUCAAGGUGGUUGUAUAAAAACUUUAGGUUGCCAACUUUCAAGUAAUGCAAAAUAUGUUGGUGGUUUACCAAAUGUUACAGCCUCAUCAACAUUAAAUAGUUUAUUUUCUUGGGGAAUUACAUCAGAUGUUCAAUAUGAUCCAGUUAUAAUUGAUUUAUUUAUUAAUAAAUCAAUAGCAACUUUACAAGUUCAAUUAUUUUUCACUUUUUAUAAACCAAUCGAUCAAUAUUCAAGUCCAUUAUCUGUAUCUAUUCAAAAAAAUCCAGUUUUAGUGAUGGAACCAUUCGCUGGCGAUCAACCUUUUUCAAAAAAUUUAACAUUUGUUUAUAAUAACACACAAUCACUCGAUUUUUUAAAUAUUUCAUUCACAAGUCGUGGUGAUAUUUAUUUAACAUCAUUGGCAAUCUUUUCAGUUAGUGAUUCAUUACCUCAAAUUAUUGAUCCAAUAACACCAACCUUAUUACCCAUUGAAAGUGUUAAAGCUAGUAAACCAGCUAUUUUGGCAAUUGUUUUAUCAAUAGUUUUAGGAUCUUUGGCUUUAUCAAUCAUUACAAUUUUAAUAGUUAAACAUAGAAAAAGAUUAUCUCAAUUCCUCUCAAAAUCAAAUAAAGAUAUUGAAUAUGCCCAAAAUAAUGAAAUUGAAAUUAAAGUUUUACCAAAAAUUACAAGUCAUUCAUCUUAUCCAUCAAUAUCAAUAUUAGAUACAAUAUCAUCAGAUUCAAUAUUUAAUAAUCAAAUACCAAAAAAUAAUAAUAGAUAUAAAUUUAAAAAUCAAAGUUUAAAUAAUAAUAAUUAUUUUAAUAAUAAUAAUAAUAAUAAUAAUAGUAAUAAUAAUAAUAGUAAUAAUAUUAUUUAUAGUAAUUGUAAUAGUAAUUAUAGUAAUAGUAAUAGUAAUAAUAAUAAUAAUAAUAAUAAUAGUAACAGUAAUAAUAAUAGUAAUAGUAAUAGUAAUAUUAAUAUUAAUAGUAAUAGUAAUAGUAAUAGUAAUAGUAACAGUAAUGGUAAUAAUAAUUAUCAAAUUUAUUCAAAUAAAUUAGAAAGUUUUAAAAUUGAUGAAAUUAGUAAUGAUACAAUACCAAUUAUAAAUAGUACAUUUCCAGAUGAAUUUCAAACUUUAGAAUUUCAAAAAUUAGCAUUUGAAAUAUUAAAAAGAGAAAAGAGAUUAGAUUUUUCAUUUAGAACAACAAAUGAUAUAUUGACAUGUUGCGCAUUAUCAGAUUUUAAAGAUUUUUCAAAUUUCCCAUUAAGGUUUAAUCAAAGUAUAAUAACAUUUGGUUUAAUUAAUGGAAAAGCAAAAUUAGGUGAAACCUAUUAUGAUACUCUUUCAAUUACAAAUGAUUCAACAAUAAGAUUUACAGCAUUUUUAAUUUUACCAAUGGAUAAUCAUUCAGCCACUUUUACAUCAGAUCAUUCAUCAUUUGAUCUUGGUCCAGGUGAAACAUUUUCAAUAAAAUUUUCAAUUACUUUACAUUGUACAACAAGGUUUUUUGAAAAUUUUUCAAUUCAAAUCAAUUCAAAUAAUAUUAAAGAAAUGUAUACUCUACUCAAAAUAAAGGUUGAAAGUGAAUCCUCGACAAGAUUGGAUUUUAAUGAUAUUCAUUUCCAAGAGUUGAUAGAGAAAUAUUCAUGGGAGAUAUUAUAUAGAGGAACAGUUGGAGAUAAAAAUGCUUUACUUAAAUUGAUAAAGUUAAAAACAAAAAAUUGUGAAGAAGCUUAUAGAGAAUUAAAUAUUAUUAGUAGAUUAAAACAUCAAAAUAUUUUACCAUUGAUUGGUUGUGUAAUUUCAAAGGAUUAUUUAUGUUUAGCCUUUGAAUAUCCACCCCUUGGAAGUUUGGAUUAUAUAAUUUCAAAAAAGAAACUAAAAAUGUCAAUCACUCAAAAGAUUAGAAUUCUUAUUGAUGUUGCCAAAGGUUGUAAAUUCCUUCAACAAAGUUCAAUCAUUCAAAAAACUCUAAGAGCUAGAAAUAUUUUCCUUUAUGAUACCAAUGAAAAUGCAGAGGUUUGUGCUAAAGUAUUAGAUCUAACAUCAAGUAAAACUAUUAAAGGAUUAGCUUGUAAUAAUUAUAUAGAAAGAGUUGAUACACCAAUUAAUUUAACCAGAGAAAUUUCAAUUAUAAGAGAUCCAAAACAAAACAAUGAUUUUAAUAACAGUAAUAAUAGUAAUAAUAAUAAUAAUAACAACAACAAUAAUAAUAAUAAUAAUAAUAAUAAUAGUAAUAAUAGUAAUAAUAGUAGUUCACUAAAGUAUAAUAUUCAUUCAUUUGCAGUCUUAUCUUAUGAAUUACUAAUUGAUGAAAUUUUAGUUGGUGAUACUCGCAAAUUUGGCCAAGAAAAACCAUCAAUAGGUUUAGAUAAAAUUGAUCCAAACAUUAAAAACUUUAUUCAUAAAUGUUGGAAUCCAAUCGAUGGUUUCACUUUUAAUGAAAUUUUAAAAACUUUAAAAGAUUUUAUUGAAAGUUUAAAUUAA